GUCUCCACGGCGACCGAGUCAACGGCGCGGCCCGGAGGAUGCAAACAACAACGGCGCGAACAACACUCACAACACUAAACAUCAACACUGACAACACUCACAACACUAAACAACAACACUCACAACACUCACAACACUCACAACACUCACAACACUAAACAUCAACACUCACAACACUAAACAACAACACUCACAACACUCACAACACUAAACAUCAACACUCACAACACUCACAACACUAAACAUCAACACUCACAACACUCACAACACUAAACAACAACACUCACAACACUAAACAACAACACUCACAACACUAAACAUCAACACUCACAACACUAAACAUCAACACUCACAACACUAAACAUCAACACUCACAACACUAAACAUCAACACUCACAACAACACUCACAACACUAAACAUCAACACUCACAACAACACUCACAACAUUAAACAUCAACACUCACAACAACACAGACAUUAACAAAACUCACAUUAGCACCACUAACAACAACAUUAACAACGCAAACAUUAAAAUCAAGAAUAUUAACAACACGAACACAAGACAUUAACAGCACUCACAACACAGACAUUAGCAACACUAACAGCAACAAAGCAGCCAUUAACAGCACGGACAACAACACCACGAACGUCAACAACAACAACACCACGAACGUCAACAACAACAACACCACGAACGUCAACAACAACAACACCACGGACACAACACGGACAUGACGUCACGGCUGGCGGAGGAGAUGGCGCUGAGCCAACAGCACGAGGAGAUCCUGGCGCGCCGGGCGGUGGCGCUGAGGGCCGCGGGGCGCCUCUGCGACUCGCGCGCCGAGGGCCUCCCCCGCGCCCUCGAGGCGGCAGAGGCGGCGGCGGCCAAGAGGUGCGCCAUGCUGCAGGCUGUGGACGCAGCAGAGCAUCGUCUGAAGACGCGCAUUGACGCAUCGUCCCGCGCAGACAUCCUCACCCAGCAGUGCAGGUACUGGGCGUCGGUGGAGCGCCUCCUGCCGGACUGGGAAGGCGUCCUGCACAGCCCCGACGAGGCCUCCACUCGGGCCGAGGGCGAUGCCCCCACCGCCCCACAGGGCAACGCUUGACCCCCCCACCAACUACAACAAUAAACAAAAACACUUCGUGUA